AUGGAGAGGACAGAGCAGAGCUCUGAGGUGGACCGGCCACCCUCACCUCCAGAGCGAGGACUGCUGCAUGUGUGGCAUUCAGGGGGCCACUACGAGCAGCUGAGCCCAGAGAGGGUGCUCCUGUCCAGGCCUGUCCUUCAGACUGCCCUGGGAGAGAACCAUGGAGUCCUGCUUUCACAAGGAGGUCUGGUGUAUUCGUUUGGGGAGCUGCUGUGGAGGGGGCAGAGUGUCCCGCUGGCUGCCCCGGUCCUGGAGGUCUGUCUUCAGGGGAGAGCAGUGGUGCGGGUCACUGCCGGAGGUUUCCACUGUGGCGCAGUGACGGCUCAGGGCAGCGUCUACAUGUGGGGCGAGAACACAGCCGGACAGUGUGGUCUGGGCUCGGACGUCACAGUGCCGGAGCCCAGUCUUGUGAGUGUGGUGGACGGAGACGUGGUCCCUCCGACUGCAGUGCGGGUCGUGGAAGUGGCUUGUGGACGGGAGCACAGUCUGGCUUUGUCGGCCCAAAACGAGCUGUGGGCCUGGGGCAGCGGCUGUCAGCUCGGGCUUGUCACAAACAUGUUUCCAGUUUACAGGCCUCUGAAGGUGGAGCACUUGGUGGGCAGGCAUGUGAUUCAGGUGGCUUGCGGGGCCUACCACAGUCUGGCCCUGGUCCGGAGUCUCUCUCAGUCGCACAACAAUACUCCAAACCCUGUUGAAAAAGUGAAACGGGAACGGCGGCGCUCGUCAUCUCACAGUUUCAUGGCAGAGAAAAUGGAAUCGUCAGUGAUGGAAGAAGAUUCGCACUACUGUCCUCUGGGAGUGGAGCUGUCUGAUGUCUCGACAGGGGAGUGUCCCCGAAGGAGCGUUUCUAAAAGGAGCCAAGUGGCAGGCAGGAGUCCGCUCAGCAGUAGCCCUGGAUCAGCUCUGCAUCUCACCUCACUUGGCAAAUCUCAGUCUGAACAACUUGACUUUGACGAAUCGUCGGACCAAACAGACUUCAGCCUUAAACCAUCAUCGCACUGGAAAAGUAAAAAGUUCUCAAAGGAGCAGGACCUUCAGACCCUUCUGCACAAACUCUCUGUGCAUUCAAUAGAAAUACCUCGAACUGCCAACUCCAGUGACACCGAAUCAAUGAGCGCUUCAGUUGACAGCUGCGCCUCUUCGACACCAUCUUCAGAGCUGUACUCUUCCAGCUACAAAGACGAAUCCCCCCCUAAAAGUCAAACAAACCACUUUGGGCCGUACUCGUCCUCCCCAGUGGGCAUAGACGAUGUGCGCCUGUGCCUCCGGGAGCAGAGUCAGUCUGUGUGUGUGGAGAGCAGCUCCAGUCUGUCUCACAGCAGAGACAAACCACAGAUCAGGAGACGCUCGCUGCCUGGAGCGCCCUCUCAUGGGUCCCCACUGCGGCGGCAGCUCUGUGCCUGCAGGAGCUGUUUCGGUCACAGGUCGGGGGGGUCAGAGGCCGGAGACGGUCUGCCCUGCCUGGACACGGAGGUGUGGAGCUGGGGCCGCGGGUCAGAGGGCCAGCUGGGACAUGGGGAUCAGCUUGCCAGGCUUCAGCCUCUGUGCAUCAAACCUCUGACUGGUGAAGAGGUGAUUAAAGUGGCUGCAGGGUCUCACCAUUCACUGGCCAUCACUGCCCACUGUCAGGUGUACUCCUGGGGCAGUAACAUGUGUGGUCAGCUGGGUCAUGUGAACAGUCCGGUCACAGUCCCAAAACAGGCCAAGCUCUCUGAGGGGUUCCGUGUUUGGGACAUCUCAGCGGGACAGAGCCACUCUCUGAUGUUGGCCGAUGGAGACUGUGUGCAGCCCGUGCUCCUGUACUGUGGGCAGCAGCAGGAGAAAACAUGUUCAACUCCUCCAAAGGGAACAAGGUCGUGUCAGAGGUCUCCCAACAGAUCUGAGAGCUACAGCGUCAGGCCCACUCUGAUGCCUUUCUGCACGGAGCUGGGUUACAUCAGCAGCGUUCACAGUGGAGGACAGACAUGUGCACUUCUUGCAGACCAAAACAUCAUGGGCUUCAUCUCAGCAAUCCACGAGCUCGCAUCAAGGGAACGACAGCUCUAUUGUUGGUUAAGCAGCGUCAAGAAAAUCUUCCUCACUCCACUACGCACAAGAGAGGGCGUGAAUCCGUGUCUCGGCGACCCGUGCACUCGGCUCUUCUUUUGUGUUUGUGAAAAGUCUUUUUCUCUGAACCUCCUGAUUGGACAAGACGCUGCCGCCCUCAGCUACUUCCUGCACGAUCUGCAGAGCUGUGAUGUCACUUCCCUUCCGCUCGUUUCCCACACUGACCACUUCAUGGACACCUUUAAAGAGUAUUGUUCUGCUGUUGGAGAUUUUCAGGUCAUGGGUGGAUUUCAGAAUCUUCAGAAGCUAUCAAACGACUGUUUAGGCUCCAAACACGACGAGCUCCAUCAGCUCAGUGUGUCGGACUCGGACAAGGAUGAGGUGGACCUUGUCUCACUGUUGUAUUGGCCUUUACAGCAGCUUCACCACUACAGCCGACUGCUGCUCAAGCUGGCCGCCUGCUACGAUGUGCUCAAUGAAGAGUACCAGUGCCUCCACCAGGGCUGCAGUCUGUUCGAGUCUCUGUCGUCAUCGUUGCUAAAAAGGAAAAAAGAGGCAGAAAGGACGUGCAACUUUUGGAAAACACACUCCGGGAAAACUACUGAGUUGCUUCGUUUGCCUCAUCGCCGUGUGGUGUGUGAGAGCAGCCACAGAACUCUGACUUUACAAAACGCAGGACGCUUUUCCAACCACUGGUUCAUUCUGUUCAACGAUGCUCUGGUCCACACACAAGGCUCAAUUCCUUCUAAGAGUUUUUUUUCCACUCAUCACAUUUACCUGCUGACGUGUCUGUGGGUCAAACCAGUCACUGAAAACAACAAUGGCGUCCAUGCCAUCAAAAUUAUUUGUCCAGAAGAAAGUUUCUCACUGGUGGCAUCUACACCAGAAGAAAAGAAUAAGUGGCUGCGGGCUCUGAACUCGGCUGUGGACCUGGUUCUCGGAGGAGGAGGUCAGGGCUCGGGGGUUACGGCGAUGUCCCGCACCGCCAGCUACACGUUCACCGCAGAGGGCCGCUUCAAAGACGCAUAUUACACUGGGCACUGGCAGAACGGGAGAGUCCACGGGAGAGGAACGAUGAAAUGGCCUGAUGGACAGAUUUAUACCGGAAACUUCAAAAAUGGAGUGGAAAAUGGUUAUGGUGAGUGCUUGAUGCCAAACAAGGCGUUGAACAAAGCAGACUGCUACCAAGGGCAAUGGAAAGACGGACAGAUCCAUGGUUUUGGAAAAUACAAGUACGCCGCAGGUGAGGUUUACGAGGGCUGUUUCUUUGAAGGCCAGCGCCAUGGUUACGGGAUGCUCAGCUCUGGUCGACUGGCGCGCUCCUCCUCCAGCGUUUUCAUUGGACAGUGGGAUCACAACAAGAAGGCGGGAUAUGGAGUCUAUGAUGACAUCACCUGUGGUCAGAAAUACAUGGGGAUCUGGGUGGAGGAUCAGCGCCAUGGAAACGCAGUUGUAGUCACUCAACACGGCCUUUACUUUGAAGGAACGUUCAAGGAAAACAAGAUGAGCGGUUCAGGUUUACUGGUGUCUGACGAUGACACCACUUUCCAUGGAGAGUUCUCUGAUGAAUGGACCGUUAAUGGAAAGGGUCUCUUGCUGCUGGCGAAUGGCGACUGUUUUGACGGUGAAUUCAGUGGAGAAUGGGCUUCACUCAAAGUUACCGGCACAUACACCAAAACACCAGCGGGCGAACCAGUGAACCGAGAGAGAAGCAACACACUUGCGUUGGGGCAGUAUGUGGUUCCAGCGGGGCAGCGGUGGCUCUGUGUGUUUGACGAGUGUUGGAGUCGUCUGGGCUGCACCGCCCCCGGAGACGGAGAGAGGACCGUGGCCUGGGACAACAUUGCUGUUUCCAUAACAACCACCAGAAGACAAAUUCCAGAUCUCACUAAAUCUCAGAGUAAGAUCCUGGAGAGCCUGGAGCUCAUUCCUCAACAUGAAGAAAUUGUUACCACUGCGAACUACGACCAUGUCCGCCGAUACCUCUCUAAAGCGUGCGAGACUCCCCUGCACCCGCUGGGCUGGCUCGUGGAGACACUGGUGACCGUGUACAGAAUGACUUAUGUGGGCUCCAACCGAAAACUCAUCAAGCAGGCUGUGGAGGAGGUCCAUGCCUAUCUGCACCACUUCUUCCACAUCGUCAGGUUUCUGUUCCCGGGUCUACCAGAGGACGGCAGCAUUAUCCCCGAUCCUCCGACUUCUCCCACCAGAUGUAGACACUCCUUCAUUUCUAACACAGAGGAACAAUGUGUUGUUGUGGUGAGUCGCUCGUCUCUGCUGCUGCCGCUGCUGCUCCCUCGUCUGUACCCUCCGCUCUUCACUCUGUACGGGCUGCAGCAGGAGCAGGACGAGGCCACGUACUGGGAGCGCAUCCUCCGACUCAACAAGUCUCCAGACCAAGCCCUGCUCAGCUUCUUAGGAGUGCACCAGAAGUUUUGGCCUCUCUGGAUGUCGAUUCUUGGGGAGAAGAAGCAGAUCGUGUCGAGCAGCAAAGACGCCUGUUUUGUCUCCGCUGUGGAGACGCUGCAGCAGAUCAGCACAACAUUCACACCGUCAGACAAACUGACCGUGAUCCAGAAGACUUUUGAGGAGCUGACGCAAGAAGUAAAGCCGCUGGUGGAGGAGAGCUUCCUGUGGUGCAUGGACGACCUGUUUCCUCUCUUCCUGUACGUGGUGAUCAGAGCCAGGAUCAGGAACUUGGGAGCCGAAGUGAGUCUGAUUGAAGAUUUUAUGGAUCCUAAUCUAGAGCACGGAGAGAUGGGGCUGAUGUUUACCACACUGAAGGCUUGUUAUUUCCAAAUUCAACAGGAGUCGAUGUAG